AUGGCACAAUCUUCCCUUGACUAUCCGGAGAUGAGAGAACUCUUCGAACGGAACGCAGCUUGGUCAGCGACCGUUAGGAAACGUGAUCCUGGUUUCUUCCCUCGACACUACCCCGGUCAACGUCCUGAAAUCCUCUGGAUAGGAUGCUCAGACGCUAGAGUACCCGAAACUACCAUCAUGGGCUGCGAUCCCGGCGAUAUCUUUUGCGUUCGAAAUAUCGCAAAUAUGUAUUCUCCGAAAGACGACAGUGUCAAUGGUGUCAUGAUGAUCGCUUUGCAGAAUUUCAAGGUCAAACAUAUUGUCGUCACUGGGCAUACCAAUUGCGUAGGAUGUCAACAAGCUCUCAACGUCACCAAAUUACCCGCCGUAGCCCCUACGACACCUUUGCAGAGGUACAUCCAACCUCUGGCCACGUUGGCACGUACGCUAUACACACCAGAUGGUCCACCCACGUUGGAUUUAUUGGUAGAAGAGAAUGUCGUACAGCAGGUCAAAAACCUAUUGGAAUCAGACGUCAUAAAAAAUGACUGGAAACGCCGUGGACCUCAGGGUGUCGUCAUCCACGGUUGGGUCUAUCACCUUGAAGAUGGAACCAUCCGAGAUCUCAACAUCUCUCAAGGUCCUCCCGGCAGUGUGCCAGGUCAGAAAGCAGAAGCUUUCUUCUGA